AUUUUAAAGUGCGAAUAGAUCUUAACAACCUGGAAGACGUCAAAUUUGAGAACAGCAAAUAUGUCCUCACUAGUCCACGAUCUUUGGACGCUUGUUCCAGAUUAAAUGUUAAGCCUGUAGAAUUGCUCUAUAAGCCCUUAUCUGAAUUCCAAGAAGAAUUGCUGCCUCAAGACAUCCCCUUGCGCACAAUCUAUGCUAUUUAUGAUGAAAAUGAGCAGAUUAGGCAGCAGAAACUGAGACUUUGCCGAGAAGAGAGAAGCAGGAUUAUGAGCGAAGAGCCAGAGGUAGACAAGCUGGGAAACAAGGUUUAUAAAUCUCCUGCAAGUCCUGGUAGGUAUUGUUCACACUUGUCUCUGAGACAUUAUAAGGUAAAAAAUAUAUUAUGUGUGGAUAAUGAAAGCUGGAAAUUGCACAGAGAAGUUGUGUCAAAGAAAGAAAAGAGUCCAACCAGGUCUAGACAGAGACUGAAAACAAGGCCACAAUCAUCAGACGGGAAACAAAUUCAGAGAUGCAGUUCAUCAAUCACUUUGGGCAAGCAGACCCGAUUCAGAUGUGGCUCAGCACCAGAUGUCUCUUAUAAACUUCCAGCUAGGGAUGAGAAGAUUCUGAAACUGAUGCAAGGACGCAGAGAAGAGGAGUGUAAAGAUCUGGAGAUUAGAGAGCAUGCACAUAGAUUGUGGGAAGACCAGAGAAGGAGAGAGGAGGCUUUGAGAACCAAUGCAGAAAAUAAGAGGAGAGAAUUGCUGGCAAUGGAAAAUCAGAUCAAAAAUAUGCAUAGAUUGGAAGCAGAAGAAAAAAGAGUUCAGGAAGAGGAAAGAGAAAGAGAGUUAAAGAAGCGAGAUAUCCACAACUCUCAGCUACAUGCAGAAUCACUUCUAAUAAAUCAGCUUCAUUUGCGGGAACUGCAGAUGGCAGACAAAAUAAGAAAAGAAGCAGUCAAGAAAGAAAUACAGGAAAUAAACAUGAAAACAAAGGAUAAAACUGAUGAUGCAGAAAAACAGUUAUUGCUGGCAAAGCACAUCAUUGAUGAAGAAUCAGCCAAUGAGAGAAAGGAGAUGAAGAUACAUCAUGAAAGCCUGAAGACAUUCUUGCACAACCGACAAGAAAGAGAGAAAUAUGAAAAGCGACUGCAGUUUCUGAAAAAUCAAGAGGCAGAAAACAAUGCUUUAUUGAAAUCAGCAAUGGAGGAUAGACUCACGCAUGCUAGCCAGAAGUUGUCUGAGAUCUUGGAACAAAGGAAUCGGCAGAUAGCACAACAAAAACAGGAAGAGCAGGCUAAGUUGCAGAAAGCUCAGAGAACACAAAAAAUCUUAGAGGCUGAGAUGGAAGCUUGGAGAUCAGAUCUGUUGCAGCAAGAAAAAAUGAUGGAGGACAGAGCAAUAGAUGUGGUAAACAGAAGCAUUGAACUGAAGUCCUUUCAAGCUCGCAAGAAGCGAAUAGUCAAAGAGUUGGAACAAAAGAAAAACAUUUCGAGACUACAAAAAGAUGAUGAAAAAUACAGACGCAGCCUGGAAAGAUCACUCCUGUUGAAAGAUCGCAAAAUUGAGGAUUUGAUUGAUUCUAAACAAAAGGUUAUAGCUCAGACUAGAGCUGUGGCCCAGCUAAGCCAGACUCUUCGAGAUGAUAUUAAAGGAAAGUAUGAUUCAGACACUUUUGAUAAGAAAAUUCUAGAAGCUCAGCUGUAUGCAAACCUCAACAGGGAACACAGAACACAGAGUCCUGCAGGGAAGAACAGAUCAUCAGUCCAAUUCUGCUAA